GAUUGAUAUUUUUAUGGACAGGAAAUUAGAACAAGAUGAUAAUCGUGGUUUACAGCAAGGUGUAAAGGAUAACAAAAAAACACCAAAUUUAUUCAGAAUAUUAUUAGAAAGAAAAACAGACACAACUCAAAAGGUGAAUACAAGCCCAACGGGAUAUCCGUCACUUCUAAGCAAUGCCGUCAGCUACACGUUAAACCAUCCAAUUAUUACGUUAGCAACGAACGACCUUAAUCAGGAUUUAGAUAUUGUGACAGAGUUUUUACCAUUUCCAAACCAACUGUCAUGUGACAUUCAAUUACUUAAUUUGCGGUUUAUACAUGAUAUGAAAGAAGGGGGAUCUAUACCUGGAGAGGGCGCUCUACUGUUGUUACAUCGUCAUGGGUUUGAUUGUAAAUAUCCAGCUACAGGUCUAAGUUGUUCAACCAAUCAAGGGAAGGUUUCCCUUGGUGAAAUGUUUCAUGAAGAUAUUAUAACUGUAAAAGAAACAACAUCAACAUCACUCACAAUGAUGCAUGAUAAAGAAACAAUUGAUACAAGUGUGUCACAAUAUAUUGAGCCUAUGGAGAUAAAAGCUUUUAGAAUGACAUUUUGAUAACCUAAAUAGAAAUAAGGAUAGUGCCAUCUAUUGUCUUUGUCUAGAAAUCUUCUGUAUGGCGCCCUCUAUAGGUUUUGAAGAGAAAUCAGACUGUACAAAGAAAGGUUUUUUAAUCUUGCAUUAUGAUGUCCACAAAUGAUGAAACUUUUGUGAUAGCGCCCUCUGUUGACUGUAGGAGGAAAUCCUCUAUAUGAAGUCCUUAAUUGGGUUCAAAGAAAAAUUAAAUGGCAUACUAUGAAUUCAUUAUUCACUGGGUUGCAAUUUCUCUGUUGUCGGAAUCAGUUCCUUUUGUACCUCCGAUCCCUAACCCUAACCCUACCUGCCAGCACUCCUCAUUUAAUUGUACAUGCCCCUCCUAAGUACAUCUAUAGUUAUCUAGAGGGGGGGGCAUAUACAAAUGAAUUGGGUAACUGGGAGUGAGUGUUAGAGUUGGGGAGUUUGAAAUGACAAUAAAACUCAGUGAAUAUGAUCAAAAUAUCAAAAUAAUGAAAUGAUAAGUCGGUGAAAAUGAGUGGUAUUACAGUAGGCCCACAACAUCAGUUUAAAAUAAGUUGUAAACAAUAUUUUGGUAUCCUCGGGGCGGAGCCACGUCAAAAGAUGUUCCACGUUCUAUGGGCUCUGUGCACGCUGCUGAGGAACGCAGAACGCCAAGCAAAGAGCCGGUGAAAAUUCAAGAAAACAGGAACUCAACUUUGAAGUAAUCCUGAACAAUCAAAUUUAUAUGCGUUACACAUGCAGGGGUAAUCUUGUUACACUGUUCAUGGGAGUCUCAACAACCAUCCCAAAGUACCAUUUCCUGAGAGUUUUCGGCCUUUGUUUUCACCGUGACGGUUGUCAUGCGGUGAAAAUGCCCGGAUGUCUGCCCCCGAGAAUACACGAGUAGAAAUUGUUGUUAUAGUGCCCAAUUGACUGAAUAUGAAAAAUGCUCUAUGCAAUACUGCAUUUAUUUGAUUAGAUGCCUACUUUGAAAUAUGAUUUUGAAGUUCUCGAUCUGAUGCAUAAAGCAAGAUUUGAGUUGAGGGAUUUUUAUGUGACUUAGCUCUGUGUACAUUGCAGCUUACAAAGUAUUUGUCUUUAAUGAUAAACUGUCUAUAAUUUUAAGUGCAUCUCAGUGUUUUUGUUUUACUAUCUGUUGUUUGACUUGUAUUCUUGUGCAGUAUACAUGACCUUUAAAAGGUUACACAUCCUGGUAUUUUGCAUGACCUUUGGAAGGUCAUACAUCCUGGUAUUUUGCAUGACCUCUAAAAGGUCACACAUCCUGGUAUUUUACAUGACCUCUAAAAGGUUACACAUCCUGGUAUUUUGCAUGACCUCUAAAAGGUCAAACAUCGUGGCACUUUGAGUUGCAAAUUCUUUAUUGA